AUGGCCAAUGGCAGCACCAUUCACGAAUUCAUUUUGCUGGGAUUUGACGUUCAACACCGGACACGAUUCUUGUUCCUUGGCUUUUUGUCCAUUCUCUACAUGCUCACUUUGGCUGAGAACAUCACCAUCAUCACAGUGGUGUCCCUAGAUAACCACUUGGCCCAGCUUCCCAUGUACAUCCUGCUGAGCAAUUUCUCCUGGAUGGAGAUGUGCUACGUGACCACCACUGUGCCUCGCAUGCUCUCUGACCUGGUUUCCCCUUAUGGAAUCAUUUCCUUCCCUGACUGUUUCCUCCAGUUCUACUUCUGGUUCUCUCUGGGCUCCACAGAAUGCUUCUUCCUUUCAGCCAUGGCCUUGGAUCGGUACUUGGCCAUCUGCCACCCUCUGCGCUACCCACAACUUAUGACCCAACAUUCCUGCUAUGCCUUGGUAGGGACAUGUUGGGUUGUUGGCUUCCUGUGGUUUCCUAUCCCAGUGAUUUUGAUCUCCAAGUUGUCCUUUUGUGGUCCUAACAUUAUUGACCACUUUUUGUGUGAUUCUGGGCCAAUUCUGUCCCUGGCCUGCCCUCCACUUGGAAAUGCUCCCUUCGUCUUACAAACAUUUACGUAUGCUCUGGUUUCAAGUAAUAUGUUCUUUGUUUUGCUGUCAUAUGGCUUUAUCAUUCUCAAUCUGAUAAAAACUUCAAACGAAGCCAGUCGUAGGAAGGCCAUCUCUACGAUCUCUUUCCACAUAAUGGUGGUGACACUUUUUUAUGGCAGUGUAGCAGCGGAGAACUUUAUUCCAAGGGGAGAAAGCCGCUCAGAGGCCACCAAGGCAGCCACAUUCUUCUACGUAGCCAUUACACCCCUUCUUAACCCCCUGAUCUACUGUCUGAGAAAUGAUCAGGUGAAAGAGGCCCUGGUGAAGAUGCUCCAAAUCAGCAAGGAAAUUCUUGGUGGCGUAUCAGCCGUACAGCAUGACAAGGAAUUUGCUUCUGUCUUUGAGUACCAGAAUACAAGGCCUGGACCUAGGGGUGUGCAGAGUCUUUGUGCAGGGGCCAAUUAA